GAGAAAAAGGAGAAAUUUUAGCAAACAAGCUACAGAAAUCCUUAACGAAUAUUUCUAUUCGCAUUUAAGUAAUCCUUAUCCUAGUGAAGAGGCUAAGGAGGAAUUAGCAAGAAAAUGCGGUAUUACAGUGUCACAGGUAUCCAAUUGGUUCGGGAAUAAAAGGAUAAGAUACAAGAAAAACAUAGGCAAAGCACAGGAAGAAGCUAAUUUAUACGCAGCGAAGAAAGCAGCGGCCACAGGGGCCUCACCUUACAACCUUGUGCCAAGUAGUCAAAAUCAACAAAUAAUCAGUCCUCCACCAGCCCCUCAAGAUGGGAUGUAUAAUAUGUCUAUGAAUGGAGGAGAUUCCUAUUCUUCGAUGGGUGCUAACGUCCAGUCUCAGGUAAGAUAACUGCUCUUCCUCUAUUUUUUUUUUUUAAGAAUUUUUUUUAGAAACAACGACCCAACGGGGGUUGUUCUAGAUAUUAUAUUUAAUAAUGCGAAAGUAGCUAGU